GACAACGUCUCUUGUCUCAUCCCCAACUUCUUCGUCAUCAUCAACAUCAUUCUCUACUCUCUCUCUCUCUCUCUCUCUCUCUCUCGUAUUUCAGGCGCAACGGUUCCAUUAAAACUUCUUUCAUUUCUAGAAGGUUAAAAAGAUUACAACUUUCGAUCCGUUAACCAACCUAAGAUUCGUGGGUUAUUUGUUCACUUUCCCAUUAACCAACAGAUUCUUGUUCCUUCCUCUCUUUCUUUGCUCUUAUCCCUCUGAAGCACAGAGCUCUCAAACGCAGCUCUGCCUUCUUCAUCUUUGAAAUCAGGGUUUUCCUCUCUCGUCUUGUGUUCUUGUCGGAUAUUUGACAGAAAUGGUUUGCUUGGUUUCUCGUACGGGUCGCCAGUUCCAGAGAUACAACAAGGGUCGCCGCCAAGUCGUCGGAUGUAUUCCGUAUAGAUUCAAGAUAUCCAGCGAUGGCACCAUCAGUGACGAGCUUGAAGUUCUUGUCAUCACUUCGCAGAAGGGUCACGCCAUGAUGUUUCCCAAGGGAGGUUGGGAGCUUGAUGAGUCUGUAGAAGAAGCAGCUUCUAGAGAAUCCCUUGAAGAAGCAGGAGUUCUUGGCAGCAUUGAGAGUCAACUGGGGAAAUGGGACUUCCUGAGCAAAAGCAGAGGGACGUUCUAUGAAGGGCUAAUGUUCCCAAUGCUCGUCAAAGAGCAACUUGAUCUCUGGCCCGAGCAGCACCUCAGGCAGCGCAUUUGGAUGACGGUGGAAGAAGCGAGAGAGGCGUGCAGGGAUUGGUGGAUGAAGGAAGCUUUGGAUAUUUUGGUCGAGAGACUUUCUUCUUCUCCAAGGAAGAAACCAUCGCCUACUCUGUUUGCUGGCACACAGAUGGACCUCUCCUGAUAUGGUGAUCAUCCACAUCUCUGUAGAUACAAAUUUAGAUGUCAUGGAUCGACUAGAGGACGGACCAAACGAGCGAUAGUUGCAGGAAGAAAAAUGUAAGAUUUAGGAGGAACUUGUGUUGUGUGCUUAUGCUUUUGCUUAGGAACAAGGAAAUGCUUUUGGGGGGGAGGACAAGCCCACUUGUAACAGUUGUGUUUCCUCUGUCAUGUUCCCCCCUUUGUUUUUGUUCUUCUUCCACCUUAGAAGAAUUUAGUUCCCAUUUCUCCUCUCCCAAAAAAAAAAAAAAAAAAAAAAAAACAUCUGGACAAUUUCUCCACAAACCUGUAAUUGAAGUGCAAGUGGUUACCAAUUUCACAAUGGUCAUCCUC